AUGGAAAGAUGUUCGUAUGUGCUGAAGAAAAAGAAUCGAAAAUGUCGUAUGCUGGUGAAAAGUGGCCAGAAGUUUUGCGGUGAACAUGCUAUUUAUGAUGAGCAGAAUGAGGUAAAAUUGCCUUCAUGUCGAACCAGAAUGAGGUUCGUCAAACGAGCCCGAAUUGUGGCAUCGUCCAACAGUCGACGAAUUAUCAAAAAUGCGGGGCAUUAUCGAACGGAACAUCUUGCAAUUACCGAUUUGCUGAAUAACGACAAACGCUGGUGUUUGGUUGAUUUUGGUGCUGGCCGAGCAGAGUUAUCCUACUGGUUAGCGAAACUGGCUCCGAGCUGUCGUUUUUUACUUAUCGAACGUAUGGGUUCCAGGAAUAAAUUCGACAACAAAGCUCAAAAAGAAUUAGACUUGGUAUCGAUGGAGCGUUUGCGUUGUUCAGUGGAGCAUCUUGAUUUAUCGAAAGUUGAAAUGCUUCAGGUAUCGUUUAACAAGUAUUACUUGCGACAGCUGUAA